AUGGACAGAACAGAACGCCUAAAGCUGCUCUUCAGCGAGGAUGAGUCCUUGCUUCAGUUCAACACCCGUCUCAAUGCUUUAUCUAUAACUGACACCAAGACCGCAGAAGAAGCUUCCUUGACGGUAGUGACACAAGAAGAAAUACAGGCCGGAAAGGACGACAAAGACUCGGAAUCCAAAACUAAUCCAGAGGAAACCGCCGAAGGGCUUGACAAGAGCACCGUCCAAGAAACCGACAAGUGCAACGAAUGCACGCAGACACCAGAAAUUAAAGAUUCCAACACCCACGAUCAAGAGGAGCCAUCAACACCACUGGAUGGAUUCUUCUGUCCCCUUAUCGCUAUGUCUAGAUAUCCCUACAAGUUCGUCCCCAAGGAACUGUCACAGACGGUAGCCAGUCGAUUUUUCGACGGUGGGAAGUUUUGGCAGAGAGUUUGGGAUAUACACUACGUCCACGUCCCUCCUCUGCUCAGUCCACGUCCACUGUUGCUCGUGCCUGCUGCUCAGGUCCGGAAAUUCAUACAGGAGAUCAACCGCGAGCUCGAAAGUACGCUAUCAAUUCCGGAAGAAAGUAAAAUGGGAAUGCUCUUGGACUUCAAACAGGACGGGUUCCCUCAGCCGACGUUCAUCGGUCAGUGUACAAGCCGGGAGAUAAAAGAUGAACUGGAAGCGACCAUCCCUCCGCGGACGAACUACGAGCCUCCUACAGAGAUGGAUGAGGUGCGUCUCGCGUAUGAGCAAAUGAUUGAGUACGGAAUAAAUGCAUCGAAAAACAAGAGUAGGAGCAAAGGCUCCAAGGCGAAGAAACAGCAGUUCCGGCUCCAGGCUGAAAUAGAAUUGUUACAAACUCGGAAGAAAAUGCAUUGUUACCUUGGUCUACGAUCCCACCACUCCCUGGAUCUCCCAGAACUUAUUGACGAACGAUCCUGGGAAGAGAAGCGAAACGACGACUGCAGCACGGCGCAAAGACUUGACGACACAGAUAGCACUGGGAUCCCUCGUCUCGAUAUGGAUUAUCCAGCGAUGUUUCCAUUCUGGAAAGAGCCGAUUUUGAUCAGCGUUGACGUCGAAUGCAAUGAGCGUUGUCAUGAACAGGUCACAGAAGUGGGAAUCUCAACUCUGGACACCGUGGAUCUUGUUGGCAUUCCCCCAGGUGAGAAUGCAGAGAAGUGGACCUCGAGAAUUCGUUCCCGUCACCUGCGAGUUCGAGAGUAUGGCCAUAUUGUCAACCGACAAUACGUGGCAGGAUGUCCGGGAAGUUUUGAAUUUGGGGAGAGCGAAUGGGUGUCCAAAGGGAAGCUGGCGGAUGUGGUUCAGGCCUGCUUCCAACCUCCCUACUCAUUCGGUAUCGAAGACACAGACGGUGUCCGGCUGGGCAGUGGGCCUGAGUACAAGCACCAGAAGCGCAACCUGAUCCUUGUGGGUCAUAACACCUCAAUGGACGUCAACUAUCUGGCAAGUUUGGGCAUCCCGGUCUUUGAAGACGUCACGACCGCCUUCCUGGAGCGCAUCGACACUGCCGAGUUGUAUCGUAUUAUCCGAAGUGAGAUAAACCCGCGCUCAUUGGCAGGCAUCCUUGGUGAACUAGGAAUCAUCGGAUGGAACCUGCACAAUGCAGGGAACGAUGCUCGCUAUACGCUUGAAGCGCUGGUGCGAAUGAUCUGCCGUGAUACAGGCGGGUUUAGUGUGGUUGCUCCGACGGUGGAAUAG